UAAGAACAGAGCACACUUUUAAACUUUACAGACUAGAGAAAAGAGGGACAAAGUCUAAAAAAAUGAAACCACUUCUGACCAUCUGCUGGCUGCUUAGACGUUUAAACAGAUUUUCUGUAAAACCAAGCCCUCCUGUGAGUUUCUCCACUUCCUCUUAUUUGUGUAGCCAGAAGAAAAAAAACUCGUACGAAACAGUAGACCAAGCGAAGUACUCUCGUUUAGUACGCUCUGUCUUGUCCAGAGGCCCGGUCCAGACUCCAGAUUCAUUGUUCAAAGAAGAUGAUGUACUCUAUGGUCCUGUGAGUAAGUGUAAGGUUCCAGAGCAAGAGCCACAGGCAAGAGUUCCACAACACUGGUUUCCUAUCUUCAAUGAAGAGAGAACCAUGAAACCACACACAGACAGUUCUUCAAAUCCUUUGAAGAUCCCUUUGCAAAGAAACGUGAUACCCAGUGUAACCCGAAUCCUUCAGCAGACCAUGCCACCUGAACAGAGUUUCUUUUUGGAAAGAUGGAAACAACGGAUGGUUCUGGAGCUGGGAGAAGAUGGAUUUGCAGAAUAUACUUCAAAUGUGUUUUUACAAGGCAAACAGUUCCAUGAAGCCUUGGAAAGUAUACUUUCACCCCAGGAGACCUUAAAAGGGGGAGAAGAGCACCCCCAGUGUGGCUACAUCAAAAGCAUCCAGCAUAUUCUGAAAGAAAUCAGUGGUGUGCAAGCUCUGGAGAGUGCUGUCCAACAUGAGGCCUUGAAGUACGUAGGGCUACUGGACUGCGUGGCUGAGUACCAGGGCAAGUUGUGUGUCAUUGAUUGGAAAACAUCAGAAAAACCAAAACCUUUUAUUCAAAAUACAUACGACAAUCCACUACAAGUCGUGGCGUACAUGGGUGCUGUAAACCACGAUGCCCACUACAGUUUUCAGGUGCAGUGUGGAUUAAUUGUGGUGGCCUAUAAGGAUGGGUCCCCUGCCCACCCUCACUUCAUGGAUGAAGAGCUCUGUUCUAAGUACUGGGCUAAGUGGCUUCUUCGACUAGAAGAAUAUACAGAAAAGCAAAAGAACCAGAACAUUCCAAAGUAGAGGCCAGGGUAUUAAAGAGGAGUGCUGAGAA